UGAGUCACGUCCUGGGCCUGGAGUCGACGAGGGAAGCGCCGCCUCUCCUUGGGCCCCGUCUCUCCCUCUUUCCCCUCCCCGCCGGCUCCUGGCCUUGUCAGAUGCUGCGCAGCAACCACUGAUUCCCCAUCACUAGUUCGGCUGGCGUCUCCGAGGCCACGGGCUCCCGUAGGGUCCCCGUGGCCCCGAGUUAUAGUCGGGACACCUCGGCCGCGGGUGAUUGUUGUGUCUCCACGGGCCCGGGUCGCCGGGGUGGAUCAGGCCUCCGCGCCUUCUCAGGGCGCCCCGCAAGGCCGCAGACAAGAUGAACAUCCUGGCGCCUGUGCGGAGGGACCGCGUCCUGGCGGAGCUGCCCCAGUGCCUGAGGAAGGAGGCCGCUUUGCACGUGCACAAAGACUUCCAUCCCCGGGUCACCUGCGCCUGCCAGGAGCACCGGACAGGCACCGUGGGAUUUAAGAUCUCCAAGGUCAUUGUGGUAGGAGACCUGUCAGUGGGGAAGACUUGCCUCAUUAAUAGGUUCUGCAAAGACACCUUUGAUAAGAAUUAUAAGGCCACCAUUGGAGUAGACUUCGAGAUGGAACGAUUUGAGGUGUUGGGCGUCCCCUUCAGUCUGCAGCUCUGGGAUACCGCUGGACAGGAGAGGUUCAAAUGCAUUGCAUCCACCUACUACCGAGGAGCUCAAGCCAUUAUCAUUGUCUUCAACCUGAAUGAUGUGGCCUCCUUGGAACACACCAAGCAGUGGCUAGCUGAAGCACUCAAGGAGAAUGACCCUUCCAGCGUGCUUCUCUUCCUCGUGGGUUCCAAGAAGGAUCUGAGUACUCCUGCUCAGUAUGUGCUGAUGGAGAAAGAUGCACUCAAGGUGGCCCAAGAGAUGAAGGCUGAGUACUGGGCAGUCUCAUCUCUCACUGGUGAGAAUGUCCGGGAAUUCUUCUUCCGGGUGGCAGCACUGACCUUCGAGGCCAACGUGCUAGCUGAGCUGGAGAAAUCAGGGGCCCGGCGCAUUGGGGAUGUUGUCCGCAUCAAGAGUGAUGACAGCAAUCUCUACCUAACUGCCAGCAAGAAGAAGCAGACAUGUUGCUCAUGAGGGAUGAGGGGUCUGUCCAGAAACUGCCCAGCCCUGGGGUACUGUGCCACCCUGACUUCCUCAGAGCUUGACCCCUGGACGUUUGCAUUGACUGGAUUUUUAGACCAAAGAGUUGCCCCUUGGUAGCUGUACCCCCAGAGGGGUAGCUGGGACCAUGCUAGUCACUUCCUGCCCCCAGGCACCAUGCCAAAGACUGGAUGCCCCAGGCCCUCUCCAGGGGCUCUCUAGGGUACCCAGCAGGUAGGGAUGAGGGGUGAUCCCUGCUGUUUUGCUCAGCCUGCUGGACCCUUUGGGCAUGAGGAUGCCUAAUGAUCCUAGAUCCCAUGUGCCUUAUGCAUUAAAAUCUCCGUGUUUUUAGCACUU